UUGUCGCCCGCGAAACCGUCGUCGACUUGCGCGCUCGGGAUUUUCUCGGAAAUUAGCAUUUCCACAAAUAGGUAAGUGGUCGAAAAGCGUUUCAGUACUCGCGCAGCGUUAAUCGGCAGCGAAGAGACAACAACUACCAGCAGCACCAGCAGCAGCACCAGCAACCAUGGCCCUCAGCCGUAUCUAUGCAUCAAAGUUGGCCUGUGCCGCCAAUAAGAACUCCCUGCCGGUAAUCGCUACCUUCGUGCGCAAUGCAUCCGACAGCACAGACCUGAAGGCUGUCCUCACGGAGAAGAUCCCGAAGGAGCAGGAGCGCGUCAAGAACUUCCGCAAGCAGCAUGGCAACACCAAAGUCGGCGAGGUCACCGUCGACAUGAUGUAUGGCGGUAUGCGUGGCAUCAAGGGUCUGGUGUGCGAAACGUCCGUGCUUGACCCCGAUGAGGGUAUCCGCUUCCGCGGCCUGUCCAUCCCCGAGUGCCAGCAGGUGCUCCCGAAGGCACCAGGUGGCCAGGAGCCCCUGCCCGAGGGUCUGUUCUGGCUGCUGAUCACCGGCGAUGUGCCGUCCAAAGCUCAGGUCGAUGCGCUGUCCCGCGAAUGGGCGAACCGUGCCGCGCUGCCGUCGCACGUCGUCACCAUGCUGAACAACAUGCCGACCUCGCUGCACCCGAUGUCGCAGCUGAGCUGCGCCGUCACCGCGCUCAACCACGAGAGCAAAUUCGCCAAGGCGUACUCGGAGGGCGUGCACAAGAGCAAGUACUGGGAGUACGUGUACGAGGACAGCAUGGACCUGAUCGCCAAGCUGCCGGUGAUCGCGGCCACCAUCUACCGCAACACGUACCGCGACGGCAAGGGCAUCGGUGCGAUCGACCCGAAGAAGGAUUGGUCCGCCAACUUCACCAAGAUGCUGGGCUACGAGGACGAGAAGUUCACCGAGCUGAUGCGCCUGUACCUGACGAUCCACAGUGACCACGAGGGCGGCAACGUGUCGGCCCACACGGUCCAUCUGGUCGGUUCGGCCCUGAGCGACCCGUACCUGUCGUUCGCCGCCGGCAUGAACGGUCUGGCCGGUCCGCUGCACGGUCUCGCCAACCAGGAGGUGCUGGUGUGGCUACAGAAGCUGCGCAAGGAGCUGGGCGACAAUGCCAGCGAGGACAAGGUGAAGGAGUUCAUCUGGAAGACGCUCAAGUCGGGCCAGGUUGUGCCCGGCUACGGUCAUGCCGUGCUGCGCAAGACCGAUCCCCGCUACACCUGCCAGCGCGAGUUCGCCCUCAAGCACCUGCCAAACGAUCCGCUGUUCGGGCUGGUCUCGAACAUCUACAAGGUCGUGCCCCCAAUCCUGACCGAGCUCGGCAAGGUCAAGAACCCGUGGCCGAACGUAGACGCUCACUCCGGCGUGCUGCUGCAGUACUACGGGCUGAAGGAGAUGAACUACUACACCGUGCUGUUCGGUGUGUCCCGUGCCCUCGGCGUGCUGGCCUCGCUCGUGUGGGACCGUGCCCUCGGCCUGCCGAUCGAGCGCCCCAAGUCCAUGUCCACCGAUGGACUGAUGAAGGCUACCAGCAAGUAAAGCCCGGGAGGAACAAACAAACACUUAAUUCACACAAACCGUCAACAUACACACACACACACAUGCAUCCUUUGCAAAAACUCUAAGCAUAAGUCUUCAUCGAAGUGAAUAAUUUAAACACACACACACGCCAACACACACGUGACUUUCGCAACCGCAAAGAAGAAAGUGCGCGCAUCAGCAGCAGCAGCAGCAGCAACAGCUCAUCACCAUUCAGUCCCGAACCGGCAAAAUCGAACCGAGGAGAAACAAUGGACAAGGGAGGGAGACGGCGGUUAUUUCUAUGCGAUAUUAAGGCUAGCCGGUCGGAUAGUCGGUCACCUCAGGAGGACAGCUAGAGAGAGAGAGAGUGAGCGAGAGAGAAAGAGGGAGAUAGCGAGUAAACAACACAUAUUAGCAACCAAAAACUACCAAACUCUGCGAUAGUAACUGAGUUAAAAAACUAUAGACAGAUAGCUUUUAGAGUGAUAGAAUACAACAACCCCCCGUGUCCCUCCCGAGAAAAAAAAAACGUUGAAGAUGCUGUCGUCGGUAAGGUGUGUCCCACCGCUUCCUUCCUUCCGAUCGCUCACGCUCAACGCACCACCAACUCCCCCUCGCCCCAAAGGGACUUAAAAGGGAAACAAGAACAACGACGGUGACGGUGAGGCGUGUAUAGGAGCAAGCGCGACAGGAGCACGAUAAUUAAAGGCAAAGAAAUAUGAUAAUAAUAAUACUUAUCCUCUCUCGUAGAGAGUGUCGCAACAUAAAACAAAAACAAAUCUACUUACGAAGUGAGACCAACAUGUGUUGUGGCGGGGAUGUGCCGAAAGAUUCGCCGUGGGGAAGCUGAGUUCGCGAAAGCGGGUGCGCUCUGCGCCCAAGUCAUAGAAGUUGAAAGCACUUUGGGUUGGAAAUUGCGUGUUGUGUAGUAGCGUUUUCCACAUGCUCUUGCACCAACCUUUCUUUUCGAAAGGAAGAGAAAAGAGCCGUUAGGAUUGGUGGUGUAGAGACAGUUGCAGUUACAAAAUCGAUUUAAUAUUUAAAUUAGUAGGAUAAACGUAGCAUGGUUUUGCCCGUAGUGCGGUCAGUUUUUCGCGUGAUGUAUCCCAACUCAGCUGGGAGGUAUGAAGGAUUUUGGGUGUUUCACUCCUUUUGUUUCACCUUCUGUACAUUAGUUGACUUUAAGGUGUGGCGUUUAAAAACUUAUUUAGAGUACAAUGAUUGUCUGCAUUUGGUUCACCUUUUCAUGUGAAAUGCGUCACACGUGAGCGCAAGAGCUCAAGUAAUAAUUGGGAGGAAUGCUCAACAAUGCGUGUGGCGCCUUCGCUCCGGACAAUUGCUGUCUCUCGUGCCAGUGCCCCCCAGUGCCGGAAGAUAUUGAGCCAAUAAUUAAUAUUUAUUACUUUCUCCGAUCGUAUAACGUAUUAAGGAGGUUCUGUGGUUCUGUUCACAAGCGCAUGGAAAGCACUGUCUGCUUGAACACGAAGCGAAGGUAAAAUGCUUCCUUGUCUGUUAAAUUUUCAAUGUUUGAUGACUUCUUUUCGAGCAAGUGUGCAAGGAUGAGUUUGUUUGGUUAACAACCUGAAAUAUAUUAAAGCGAUGGAAUUCAAACCACUUCCCAACAGUUUUGCAUCCGCUGUGUAGGUCGAAGGACAAUUUUCUCUAAAAAAUAACAUUCACACCUGACGACAAUAAAAAAA